CAUUCCUGGGAUCAAGCUCCAACGAAAUAUCGUCAAGAUCACAUCAAUAGGCUUACCAAGCCAGCAAAAUUGGAAGCGAUUGCUGCCAAACAAGUCGAUCUCAAUCGAACUUCGCUUCUGUGGCUCUCUGCUCUCCCCGCUUCUUCUCCCAUCCCCCGCGAGGAGCCGAGGAAACGACACCGGCGAGAUGGCUCCUGCAUCCCCGCCUCCCCGCACGGUGAUCUGCGUGGGCGACGUCCACGGUUUCAUCUCCAAGCUGGAAAGCCUGUGGGCGAACCUACAAUCCGCGCUCCCCGCCGACGCCUUCGCCACCGCGCUCGUCAUCUUCCUCGGGGACUACUGCGACCGCGGCCCGCACACCCGCCGCGUGCUCGACUUCCUCCUCGCGCUCCCGGCCCGACACCCCGCCCAGCGCCACGUCUUCCUCUGCGGCAACCACGACCUCGCCUUCGCCGCCUUCGUCGGCGCUCUGCCGCCGCCCCCUGACGGUUCCCCUUUCGCCGCCACCUGGCCCGAGUACAUCGACAAUGAGGCGCACGAGGGUUGGUUCCACGGGCCAGGGCACGAGGAUAUGCAUGUUCAAGGGAGGAGAUGGGGCGGAGUAAUCAAGGAGAGGUGGAACCCCAAGAAGGGGCUCCCGUACAAGGGCUCUAUCUACGAUGCUCAGCCAACCUUCGAGUCCUACGGCGUCGCCCAUGGAUCCCCUGAUCUCACGAAAGCUGUGCCUGAGGAGCACAAGAGGUUUCUGCAUGACUUGGUUUGGAUCCAUGAAGGGGAAAACGUGCCUAUUGAUACAGAUGAAGGCCAGAUUGUUUGCAAACUGAUUGCAGUUCAUGCUGGCCUGGAGAAGUCCAUCGAUUUGAAUGAGCAGCUUAGAGUUUUGAGAACUAGAGACACAAGGGUGCCAAAGGUUCAAAUGCUUAGCGGGAGGCAGGAUGUUUGGAACAUACCAGAGGAUCUUGCCGGCAAGCAGACAGUCAUUGUAAGUGGCCACCAUGGGAAACUCCACAUCGACGGUCUCCGGUUCAUCAUCGACGAAGGUGGCGGGUACGAAGACAAACCUAUAGCUGCCGUUGUUUUCCCUUCGAAGCAAUUGAUCAGGAGCACAGAGGGAACCGCACCCCUGGAUUAAUCUAGACACCAUCAGAACAGCACCGAUGCAGUUGUAUUUCUUGUUACUGCCAUAACACUAGCAGUCAGACGACUACUAGGUACAAUUGCCAAAUACGAUAUUCCACACAGAGAAUUACUAGCGUGUUUUGGAUGUAUAACUUUGAGUUCAAGUUGUAAAUCAACAAUGUGUUAAUCGAUCCCGCUCCGGUCUCAUUUCCCGGCAUGCAAUAUGCCUA